GUCUUAGAGCAUCCACAAUUUUCGCGUUUUACGUCCAAAAUUUUCUCUACUCUUUCUUGCCGUUUCUCUCUCUCUCCCGAUCUAAACGUAGCAGAAAGACUGUCCGGUGAAUCUCCCACAAACACCGAACAAAAUGGAGUCAUGUCCUAAAGUGAAAAACAUUCUUCUCUUGGAUUCGGAAGGGAAACGUGUAGCUGUCAAGUACUAUUCAGAUGACUGGCCGACAAACAGUGCAAGGGAAACUUUUGAGAAAGCUGUAUUUACCAAGACGCAAAAGACUAAUGCCCGAACAGAAGCGGAGAUAACAAUGCUGGAGAGCAACAUUGUUGUUUACAAGUUCAUGCAAGACCUUCACUUCUUUGUUACUGGGGGUGAAGAUGAAAAUGAAGUCAUCUUGGCCAAUGUUCUUCAGGGUUUUUUUGAUGCAGUUGGUCUACUCCUAAGGGGCAAUGUUGAAAAGAAGGAGGCACUCGAGAACUUAGAUCUGAUUCUUUUAUGCAUUGAUGAAAUUAUUGAUGGCGGAAUUGUCCUCGAAACUGAUGCAAAUCUAAUUGCUGGGAAGGUUGCUACCCAUAGUCUGGAUUCUGGUGCACCUCUGUCUGAGCAGACUAUAAGUCAGGCAUUGGCCACUGCGCGUGAACAUCUUACGAGAUCCUUGCUUAAGUGAUGCCCUGAACUAACAGAAGAAAGAGGACCACUCCAGGACUCUCAAAUGUUCUGGUUUUGUAUUUUUUUUUAGUUUUUGUGGUGGACUCCCUUAUUUUAUGCGGAUGAUGCUGCCAUUGCACGCUUUAAAAGCUUCAAUUAUACUCACAGGGUGUUGGGUUUUGCCAUGUUUGGAUGUUUUUGUUAAGGAGGAAUCAUAGAAUUGGACAUUGAAUGAGAUAAAUUUAAUGGAGAAAUGGCUGACGGGUAUUGCGCCCA